AUGAUUUUGCUGAACAUUUUUGCUAUUGUAUCCUUUGCCCUCUGGGCAACGGCAGCUGUGCUGGAUAUUCCGUCAGUUGAUGCUGCUGUUGCCGCCGCGCUCAAGGAAUACGGAAACUAUGAAGCCUACACUGGCCCUGAAAAGAAGGCUCCUUCUGAGGCAAACGCCAUCAAAUUGAAAGAAAAUACAGCGACACUUGAAGAUUCAUCCUAUUGGCUAGAAUCUAUUAGCCACCAGGGUGUUUCUGCCUUCGGUACUUCUGGAUAUCAAGUUUUUCGCAAUGUCAAGGACUUCGGUGCUCAAGGAGAUGGUGUCACCGAUGACACGGCGGCCAUCAACGCAGCCAUCAGCAGUGGCAACCGAUGUGGGCAGGAUUGCCCGUCCGACACGACAACCCCAGCAUUGGUCUAUUUACCUCCAGGAACUUACAAGAUCUCGUCCCCUAUCUUUGACUACUACUAUACGCAGAUCAUUGGAAACCCCAACGACUUGCCCGUGAUCAAAGGAUCAUCGGAUUUCCAAGGUGGGUAUCUUAUCGACGCCGACCCUUACUUCUCCUCGGAUCUCAACUGGGGAUCCACUGUGGUUUUUUUCCGAUCAAUUCGAAAUAUCGUCCUUGACCUUCGCGAAAUCCCCUCUGGCAACACUGUGAGUGGCAUUCACUGGCCAACAGCCCAGGCAACUAGCCUAGAAAACAUGGUCUUCGAGAUGAGCUCCGCGUCUGGAACUAAACACCAAGGCCUCUUCAUUGAAAGUGGCUCCGCCGGGUAUAUGGGUGAUCUUGUCUUCAACGGUGGAAAUAUUGGCGCCGCACUAGGUAAUCAACAGUUCACAGCUCGUAACCUGACAUUCAACAACGCCAUUACCGCUAUCAGCCACUUUUGGGACUGGGGUUGGACAUACAAGAACAUUCAUAUCAACAACUGCCAAGUCGGAAUCGACAUCACGUCUGGUGGCCAUGAUGCACAAAGUGUCAGUUCCAUUACCCUACUGGACAGCUCCAUUACGAGCACCCCGGUCGGCAUCGUCACUUCGCGCGACUCCACUUCUCAGCCUGCCACCGCAGGUAGUGUUAUUCUCGAGAACGUUUCCAUCCAGAAUGUCCCAGUCAUUGUUCAAGGUCCGAAUAAGCAAACGGUUCUUGCAGGACCGAACCUUCAGGUUGCUGCCUGGGGGCAAGGACAUCGAUAUACCCCGAAUGGACCGACUGUUUUCCAGGACACGUUUUCCCCAAACGAUCGUCCCGUAUCUCUCGUUCAAGGACAACAGUUCUAUGAACGCUCGAAGCCCAAAUACCAAAGCGCCAUUGCAUCCUCCAUCAGCAGCACCCGCACUCUGCAGAAGGUGAUCAACGAUGCUGCUUCCUCUGGUCAAAUCGUCUUCUUCGACGCUGGGUCAUAUCUUGUGACGAAGACUCUCGAAAUCCCUGCAAAUUCCAAGAUUGUGGGCGAGUCAUACCCAGUCAUUUUGUCCAGUGGAAGCUUCUUCAACGAUAUUGAUAAUCCUAAGCCAGUUGUUAGAGUCGGGGCAUCUGGCGAUAGUGGCCAGGUCGAAUGGUCUGAUAUGAUUGUCAGUACACAAGGUGCUCAGGCAGGUGCUAUUGCUAUCGAGUGGAAUCUGGCUUCCCCUUCCGAUAGCCCAUCUGGAAUGUGGGAUGUCCAUGUGCGAAUUGGAGGAUUCGCAGGCUCCCAGCUUCAAACUUCACAGUGCCUUUCAACUCCCGAGACCGAUGUGACCUCUGACAAUGUAAACAAGAAUUGCAUCGCUGCUUUUAUGUUGAUGCAUAUUACGUCGUCAGCGCGUGGAUUGUACAUGGAGAACAACUGGCUCUGGGUUGCAGAUCAUGAUCUCGACGGCAACGGUCAGAUUACGAUAUAUAGCGGGCGUGGCUUGAAUAUUGAAAGCACCGAGGGAAAUAUUUGGCUCUCCGGUACCUCAGUAGAGCACAACGUACUUUACCAAUACCAGGUUGCUUCGACAAAGAAUAUAUACAUGGGACAGAUCCAGACGGAAUCCGCAUCACUAACAGACAUACAAGGUAUUACCAACCCAACCCCCCUAGCAACAACUCCUUUCCCGGUUGUGGCCUCACUCCACGAUCCCAACUUCACGGAACACUGCUCAGGCAAAGACAAGUAUUGCUCUGAAGGUUGGGGUCUACGUGUUCUGGAUUCGACAAAUAUCUUUGUAUAUGGCGCCGGCCUAUACUCGUUCUUCGACAACAAUGAUGCUUCAUGUUCGGCCCAGGACUCCGGAAGGAGCUGCCAAAACUCGAUUUUCAGUAUCGAAGGCUCGUCGUCGAUCAGCGUCUAUAAUCUGAACACUGUGGGCUCGGACAGUAUGGUUGAUAUUAAAGGUACAAGCGUUGCGAAGCAGUCGGACAAUGCGAAUGUUUUCAAUGAGAACAUCGCACUCUUCAGAAAUUAA